UUUUUUUCUCUAUCUCUCUUAACAUAUCAAUAUCUCAAUGAAAAAUCAUCAAUUUCAUUUUGGCUAUUAUUAUGUGUUUAUGAUAGAAUGGACGUACACCCUUACAUAUUGCUGUUGUUCAUUCACAACAUGUUGUUAUUCGUGCAUUAGUUGAUGAUUUCAAAGCUGAUCCAACUUUGAUGGAUUUCUCUGGUUACUUUCCAUAUAUGCUACUUGAAAAUAAUUUAAAAACUGAAUAUGAACCUUUUUUAACACAUGGUCGACUUCAACGAAUUCGAACUGCAUUAAAAGUUUUUAGAACAUCAAAUGUUUCCCAUGAUUCUUCUAAUAUCACUAAAGAUAAUUCCAGUAAGAAAUGUGUUGUGCAUACUGAUCAUUCAAUGGUUGACUUCAAACGACCUGUUAUGCUUCCAGUUGUGUCUAGACGAUUAGAGAAUUUCAAACGACCGACAACAAUACUACAACAAAAUCAUUUAAAUCGAACAUCUACUUUGAAGCCGAUUAAUCAAAAUGCUGAGUAUAGUUUACGACGUCCAUCUGUGUUUGAAGGUAUUUUAAAAUCGGCUGCUGAAGCUGCUCAACACUGGAAUCAUCAUAAUAAUAAUUGUAAUAAUGAUCAUACAUCAAGUGUUAAAUUGUCAUCAGAAUCUAAUGAAGAACAAGUUAAUAAUGAUAAUACUAACGUCAGUAAACCUCUUAAUACUUGUUCUUCUUCUACGACAACGACAGAAUCAACAACAACAAUAACUGAUCCCCAUAAACGCUUAGUACAACGUUUAGAUUCGAUGAUUUCAUUAAGACGUGAACAGAAUGCAUUAUCCAAUCUUUCAAAUAGUAAUCAUUCUAAUGAAAUAGGAUCAUCAUUUGAUUUGUCUACUUCAUUAGAUAAUAAUGAUUAUUUUUCCACUAUUAAUUAUCGGAAAGCAAAUACAUUGGAUCGUCGAUUUCCUCCUUCUAUGGGGAGUCAUAAUUUGAAACAUUCAUCUCAAUCUACAGAUCCAUAUACUUUGAAAUUAUUAUUAUCAUUAUUACCUUCAAUACCACCAUCUACAUCAUCUGUAUCCUCAUCAUCAUUAUCAUCAUUAGGUUUAAAAAAUAUAAAUGGUAUAGAUGAUAAUAAAUUAAAAAAACUUACAUCAUUAUCAUCAUUUCAUAAACAUUUAAACAAAAAAUUACAUCGUUCUUUAUCGAGUUCUUCAACGGUUACAUCAUUCAAGACAACAACAACAACAACAAUCCAUAGUAAACAUCAUUCAUAUCAUAAUACUAAUAAUAAUAAUAAUGAUACAUUGCAUGAAUUUCAUUCAUUACCUCAUCGACAUCAUUCAUCUAAUAUGGAAACUGAUAAACAAAUCAUAAAUGAUUAUCAUCAUAAAUCGAUUUCAACUACUGCUUUAUUAGCUGAAACUGAUGUAUGUCAAUUAAUCACUUCAAAAGUUAAUCAUAUAAUUAAACGUAAAGCUUCUAGUGUUAGUCAACAUUGAAAUAUAUCAUACAAGUAAAAUAAUCUCCAUGGUGAUGAUGAUGAUGAUGAUGAACAUCAUUAUCACCAUGGGGAUUAUUGAUUUUCCUUUUUUUUUAAUAGAAAAUAUACAGAUCAUAUUGUCGUACAUAAUUAUUUCAUUUGGUUUUAUAGUUAAUCGUUUUUUUUUAAUUAUUUGAUCAUAGUAAUACUAUGAAUUGAAUAUGUUUCAUUCCGUACCCUUCCCCUCCCCUACCCCCCUCUCUCCCUCCCUCCCUGCUUCCUACCUUCCGUCUCUCUUUCUCUAUCUUUUCAUUCUAUCUAUGUUCGAGGAAUUGUCUACACUUAAACUCUUGUCAUGAUUUAAUCUUAUCCGGAUCCUUUUAUUUAUUUAUUUUCCUCUUUGAAUUUUUCUCUCUCUCUCUCUCUCUUGAUGUUGAUUCCAUUAUUGUGCCAAUAAUUCAUUGUAUGAAAAUAGAGAUCUAUUUCCUGUAACAGUUACUGUUAUUAUUAUUAUUAUUAUUAUUAUUAUUAUUAUUAUUAUUAUUAAUGUUACUAAUAAAAGUGAUAAAACGAAUUGCAAUAAGGUGAAUAAAUACGUUUU